AAGAGACUCACUUAGAAAGGGAGAACAUCAAAACCAGACUUCUUUCCCCAAGAGAGAUCUAAAAGAAUGGAGAGUUAAACCUCAUGCCACGCUAUCUACUUAUCGGAGAGGUAUCGACAAGCCAAUUAAUCUCCCACAGCCUAGAUCCGCUGGAAAGGUGAACCCAGUGGUGGUUCCGACGGGGGCACAACAGCGUGAAGAGAAUACCUCAACGAGCCCUGCAGAAGGAUGUAAUGGUCAUCGAUAUGUUCUAGCUCAACUAGAAGAGAAUGCUGCUUUUCAGACUGCCCACGAGAGAACAAUGGAAGAGCUACAGCAACUCACACGGAAGUACCUGAGCUGUCCGGAUCGUGUGCAAGCUGAAGCACGAAAAUUGAGAGUCCUUGAGGAGGACGCAGCAGGGGAUAUGGAUAGAUGCGCGGCCACCCUAGUGGCUCAAGCUUUUAACCUUUCCCAAGAACAGACAGUCGCCGGAGAAGGGAAUCAGCUGCUGUCCAAGGAGACCAUCUUAGGACAGCUGAGCCAGGCGACGAGACUCUACUUGAGUCAUCCUGAUCCGAAGGAAGCCGCAGCAAGACGCCUGAGACUUGAUUAUUUGGCUAAAGGCCCUGGAGAGUUUCCUGAGCAGAACUCAGCAGCCAACUCCAGUAAUGACGGGAUCAACCAAGGGCAACAAGGUGCUGUCGUGGAGCCUGCAAAAUUAAAAUCGUUAGUUAUUUAUCAAGAAGCAAAUAAGGAAGUCUCUUCCCGACACUCUCCAGACCAACCAACGGCUAUUGGAACCACUGACGCUACUCUGAAUCAUAUGACAAAACCAAAGAGAAGGUCCACCAAACCGUCGAAAAGAAAGUCACCGAGAACUAGCCCUAAUAUCCUUCGUGGAACAAGCUCAAAAAUCAGGAAAAUAUCACAGCUGCAAGCAACACCUAAAUCUACUACAGGAGAUAGAGACAAAGGCCCAUCUAGUGGACAACAAAAGGCGGCUAGGACAAGAGAGUUGGGUGGCACUUCAGGGGAAGCAGGAAAUCCUCCAAUAUAG